GCCGUUGUUUACUUCAUGUUUUCUUGGGGACUUCUUGCAACAUUUUCAUUACAAGUGUAGUGUAGUUACAAGUGGCUGUAGUUAUUUUGUCUCGGUCCCGUUUUGUUGUACUCUUUACGGUUAGUUAGAUACUAACUAUCGCUGUUUUAACAGAGAAAUUGUAAAGUAAUCAGUGCGUUCAGUGUCGGUCUGAUGAUGGAGGAUCAGACUGAGGACACUGUGAGAGGAGAAGUUGCUGUAAAAGAUGAAGAGGUUGAUAAAGAGGGCAUGACGGAGGAAGCAUCUCUAGACCCAGAGGAGGAGGACGAGGAGGCCCUUCCUCACUCGGAGAUCCUGGAUAUUUUCGAGGAGGGACUCGCCAGACUUGUGCAGGAUCCUCUACUUUGUGAUCUGCCAAUCCAGGUAACCCUGGAGGAGAUCAAUUCUCAGAUUGCGUUGGAGUAUGGACAGGCGAUGACUGUGAGGGUUUUGAAGGCAGAUGGGGAAGUAAUGCCCAUCGUGGUGGUGCAGAAUGCCACUGUCCUGGAGCUGAAGAAAGCCAUUUGUAGAUUCAUGGAGCUGAAACAACAACGUGAAGGCGGAGUGAAACACAUCAGCUGGAGGUAUGUUUGGAGAACGUAUCAUUUAGUAUUUCAAGGAGAAAAGCUUGAAGAUGACAAGAUGAGGCUUAAAGACUACGGCAUCAGGAAUAGAGAUGAAGUGACAUUCAUGAAGAGACUCAGGAAAAAGUGAGACGUCGCAGCCACCAUUUGGACAGCAGGAAAAAAAAAUCACCAGGUCCCCCAGACAUGAAAGGACUUUCAAAGAGUAUUAAUGACUGUAUAAUUCAUUAGAUUUAAGAGUUUGAGUGCAUAUUUGAUUGAUGUUUUUUUUUAGAAAUAUAGAAGAUAUUAAUCCAUUAUGUGACUGCAACUGUUCAGUUGUUUUGUUUAA